AUGGACAUCGACUACGCCGCCGACUACCUUCACUUCGACAACGUGUCGUCGCACAUCGAGAACGACUCCCAUCUGCUAGCCGACGACGAUGCGCUCCUCCUGGCGGGCGCCACGCGCACCGGCCUCACCUAUCUCUACACCGUCACCGUCAUAGCGUCCGUCGUCGGCAACGGUGCCGUCAUCACCGUCUUCACGUGCGGAAAGCGACAGCAGUCAGAUCUGUCGGCGUUUCUCGUCAACCUUGCCGUAGCAGACCUCAUCAUGGCGACGUUCUGCAUGCCGUUCACGUUCAGCGAGAUCAUGUACAACACGUGGAUGUUCCCCGCUGUCCUCUGUCCGCUCGUCCUCUUCCUGCAAAUCGUCAGCGUCAGCGCCAGCGUCUACACGCUGAUGAUGAUCGGCGUCGAUCGCGUCCUCGCCGUCAAGUUCCCGUUGCGUCGGCGCGUGACGAAGACGCGACGCAAGACGAUGAUAGCGUUGAUCUGGACGCUCGCCGGCGCGCUGUCUCUCGUGCAGCUAGUCGUCGGUCGAGUGAAGACGUACUACGGACCGGACGGCGCCGUCAUCGUGCGAGAUUGCAACGAGAUGUGGCCGGCGCCGUAUCUCGUCUACCGGCGGCUGUUCACCGUCGUUGUUCUCAUGCUGGGUUACGUCGUGCCGCUGUGCAUUCUCGCUGUCGCUUACUGGCACAUAGGUCGCGUGCUGUGGAGCUGUAAUGCCGAACACGUGACGUCUGACUGCGACAAGCACUAUCCGAUCAAGGCUAAACGCUCG